CUAACUCUGAUGUACGGGCCCUUCCUCGUAGCCGCCUUCCCUCGCUUCGAUCCCACCGCUCUCCUCCGGGAAGUACUUGUUCCGGCCGACGCCGCUCUCGGAACCGUGAUUUACAGGCUGCGUGCCACCGAUCCCACAUUCGAGUUUCCGUUGAUUUUCAGUCUCUUGGGCGAGACGAGCAGCGUGAACGUGGACACCCUCAACUGCACCAAGUUCAAUUCGGUUUGUCAGGCCAACGUUGUGGUGAAAAAGAGGCUGGAAGCCGGAAAGUUCUAUGAUUUCAUGGUGGAGGUACGGAGUGCGCGGGGUGAGAGUGCCAUGUUGAAUUGUUCGUUCCGUGCGACCAACGCCACGACGCCCAUAGAGAAGAUUUUUCCCGGGGCGCCGACUUUACUGAUGGUGUCGGAGAACGCCAGGAGGAACACAGAGUUGGGGACCAUUUUGGCGAAGGGUAAUCCUCAAAGGGAGAAGCCGGUGUUGCUGGAAUUGUGGGGGUCAUCUCAGUUUGGAUUGCACCAAAGGCUGGUCUCGAACCGCGAUGCCGAAGGUACCAUCCUUCUGCUUACACCGUUGGAUUAUGAGACGAAAACUGUCCAUCAUUUGACAAUCUUAGCCAAUGAUCCUUGGACUGAUAUGGAGUACGACACAAGGAAUAUAGCUGGAUGGCCUUUAUUAGUCGCCGUGCUGGAUGAACAAGAUGCACCACCUGUGUUCACUAUUGCACCACCAAUAACCGUCCUAAAUCCAUCCCUAAUUCCUGGAGAUGUAAUUCUGAAAGUUCAUGCUGAAGAUGGUGAUCGGGGGAACCCCCGCAAAGUGUUUUACUACAUCCCAUCAACAGUGCAAUUCAAAGAUUUCUUUAAUAUCACCCCAAAUACAGGUGAACUGAUUUUGCAACAACCAAUUUCGAACGUUAUUUCCGCGUCGAGGAACGGCCAACCCAUAGUGUUGACAGUGAUCGCCGAAGAAGAACGUACCAAUCCCAACGAACCUCCGGCUCAGCAGUCUUCAGUUCGUUUGGCCUUAAUCCCUCCAGGUGUGACCGGAGGUUCGCCUACUUUUGGUUCCAUCGAGUACAACGCCCUUCUUGACGAGAACGCCCCAACUGGUACUCAAUUGGAUCUGUUACAGGCCGAAGUACACACUGAAGUUGGCGAUGUAAUUACCUUGGAGUUGCAGGGUUGUAAUGGUACCUUUGAUGUUUCCCCAGGAGUGGUCGAAGGCUAUUCUAAAUUUACAAUAAACGUUCAUAAUCCCAUGUUGUUGGAUUACGAGAAGUGGCACUCGGUGAGCUGCCUCAUCGUAGCCAAAGAAAUCAACAACAACAACUUUACUUCGAAAGCCAAGUUGACCGUUCAUUUGAACGACGUAAACGACAAUAGUCCAGAAUUCACGGAACAAAUAUAUAAGGCGUACGUGCAAGAAAACGCCAACAUUGUAACAACAGUCUUGCGGGUCGAAGCCCAAGACAUAGAUCGAGAGCCAGGGAACAAAAUCAAAUACACCUCUUUGUUGGGUGAAGGUAGUUCUUUUUUUAAACUGGAUCCCAGCACGGGAAUAAUAACGGUAGCAAAUUCUCAGGGAUUGGAUGCCGAAACAAAAUCAACCAUAACUCUUACAGUCGAAGCUGCCGACGAAGAUGGCAAAGGACUUACAACCACUGCAACUGUAGAAGUACACUUAUUAGAUAUAAACGACCAAGUUCCUGCAUUUGAAAGAGACUUGUACGAAUUUAUUUUGAACGACGACCAAACUGCCUUCACGACCAAUGCGUUGAUCAAAGCCAUAGACAACGACAUUAGUCCGCCAAAUAAUGAAGUUCAUUAUGAGUUAACUACACCGGUUGAUGGGCUGCUUUUGGACGAACAUAGCGGGGAGUUGCAACUAACAAAGAGGUGGCAAAUUGAGGAGCCAAUUACUGUAAACGUCAGGGCUUGGGAUGGUGGCGUGCCAAGACUUUCCAGCGAGUCCAAAGUGAAGAUUUAUCCGCCUGGAUUGAAGUCGAGGAAAAUGUUAUUCAUUGUUUCUGGAAGAAAUCCUGAUAGAAAAAAAGUGUUGGACACACUGAGAGCUCUAACAGGCAGUAAAGUGGAUAUUAACAAUAUACGACCUUAUACGGGCUACGAAGAAGGAGCCACUGAUGUUUCCAGAUACAAUAAUGAUGGAAGUGAUCCAGACAGGAGCGUGGUGGAGGCGACUGUGAGUAAUACUGGCGUCGUGGACGUGUACAAAAUAAAGCAGAUCUUGGAUAAUGAAAGCACGAACCGACGAUCAGACAGUACACAUUAUAAGACGGAGACUUCGUCGACGACAAUCAAGCAAUCAUCCGGUGCGGAUUUGCUCUGGCUAUUAAUCUUACUGAUUGUGCUGGCCAUAAUAGCAGCAAUCAUAUUGAUUUUGUGCUGUAUCUGCAAACCGUGUCCGUUCUAUAUACCACCGAAGAGACGAAAGAUUAGUACGGGGGAGGUGCAGAAGUUAGUGGUGAAGGGUUCAGGGACUGGAAGGGAGAGUAAGUCUGUGCAGGUGGCCGAAUGGUUUGGGAGGAAGGAAGCUUGGACGCCCGAGCAAGUGGAUUUGGAGGCGGAGUCUUUGAGGAGGCACGAAGUUGAAAGAGGUUCGGACAGAGGAGAAGUCAAAAAGACUAUCUAUAGACAAAAUCGAGAGCAAUCUAGAGACCAGCUCUACAUACGAGAAGGAAAUACCGACAUCUUACGCUUAAUUACCAGAGGCGGCGAACAACAGGCCCAAAGGCCGGUCACGUUGGUCGCUGACCAGGCAUACUUGGCCGAUAGCGGUAAGGACAUUUUAAUGCGUCGUUUCAUCGAUCAACAACAGAACGAGGCGGCCAGGUCGCAAGUGGUGCUACCCAACGCGGUGAGCCGGUUACAGACGGAACACGAGCUCCUGGAGGCGUCGCUGCGACAGCAGAACGCAAUGAUAAGGCAAUUAAUCUUGGACAGGGAACGAGACUUGAGACUGGAGACGCAGUCACUUCCUGCGGGCACACAGACGGAUAUCGACGCCGGUACCCAAACGGAACCUCACUAUUUAAGACCGCCACUACGAAAAGUACGAUCGGACAACGAUGCCAGCGAUCAGAGCGACGAUGAACUUACCGUAAUUAAGUCGAGAAUCAAGUCGAAGAUUGCUAGGAGAUCGAAUAGGUCGCAGAUCAGGAGGAAAAUUAAAACGCCUAUAUUGGAGGAAAAUGAAGCAGACGUUAUGGAAAAGCCUCAGAAGGUGAGAAUAGUGAAGGCAACAACUAAGCCAAGAAUCAAACAAACAAAAACAAGCGAGAUGAGGCAAAAACGGGCAUCAAGUCGAGCAGGAAAACGUCCCACAAAAUCUGCUUUAAGAAAAGAAGUACUGAAAGAAAUUUCAAAAUCGUUAGCCAACAGCGAUAACAGUCUAAGUGAGAAUGAAGAAGAACAUAAAUACGAGUCCGACGAAGACUUCUCUGAAGAUAGCAUUGAAGAAAUUAGUCCAAGAUCUGACAAAACAACAGAUUCAGAAUCCAAAUUUCAUUCAGAAACUGAUUUGAGGUCAUCCAGAGGUGUUGGAAAACUUCCUGGAAAGGUGGAUUCUAGAUUAGGCAGUCAUAGUGAUUUAUCAAAUGUAAAAAAAGACAAUAAAAUUAAACCAACAACUAAAAGAACUUCCAGAUACAUGGAAUGGUACAACAAAAAUAAGAGCAAAAACGCACCCAAAACUAAUAAGCCUUCUGGCGAAACUAACGAAAACGAUCUGGUGAAGGAAACGAACGCGGCAAAGGAGACGAUUAAAACAAUAUCGGGUUCUAGAUUGAUGAAGGAUACGGAAUCUAGUGCGCGAAAGAAGGUCGUUGUAAAAAAAUCUGGAGCGGGUCCAGAACAUCCGUUGCUUCAACACUCUGAGAGGCGAUUUGAGGUACCUUAUCAGCCACCUAACAGGACCGAUGAGGAUGCCGACUCCGGUAUAGCCUUGACGAAACCUUCGAUGGCCCAGAAGAAAAGUGUUUUCACUAUUGCUUACAAUGAUAUGCACACAAGUCAAAUUAAGGAUGUUACCACACCACCUUUGUGAGAUUUUACUGACGACUUCGAAAGUUAAAUUGUAAUCGUUACAAUGAGUGAGAGUUUUUUUAAUUUAUGUUUUAUAAUUUUUUUGGAUUCUAAAAUUUUUAAUAUAGGUACAAGGGGAGUCACCUGAUGAUGUGAUCAAAUUGUAUGUUACCUCUUAAAUAAAUUUAUUAUUAGAGUGCUAAUAUCUUAGAAGUAUUUUCGUAUAAAAUAAAAUAAAAUUGACUACACAACUUUUUAAUUGUAUAUAAAGAAAAUUGUAAUUUGAAAGUAUCAAAUUUAUAUUUUUAGUUUUUUCAUUAAAUAUUGUAUAAUAGAAUCCCUUUUAAAACAGGAGUGGAAUAAACUCUUAACACUUAAAUAAAUUUUGUAAA